GCCUCAGCAGUACUUGCUGGGUUCUCGACCGUGCGGCACCUUUCGCCCGUCGUUGCCGACGAAGCGACGACGACUUUCCGUUCUCCAAAGUACCCACUGACUCGUGCGCGCGUCUAGUUGUCGACGAUUUUCGUCGAUCCUCGAUCUCGUUCUCGUCGAGGGACCCUGACAGAUCCGACACCGGAAGAGGGAACCGGAAGGAAGCGGGCCCCUCGAUCUGGAGAAACACGACGCUCCGCACCGGACGGAGACGAAGAGAAGGGAAGGAAGGAAGGAAGGCGGGGAAGCUAACCGGUCGGUCGCGCUUUCCGCGGAUUCCUGAACCGCCGUCACCGGAUUGUAUGCAAAUAACUCGCGGGGAUUGCUGCUGGCUGUAGGAGGACCCCAUCGUUUCCUGCGGAGGAAUUUCUCCCCUCGCGCGAAUUUUCCUCGCGAGCCUAAUCAGGCGCGAGAUCUUCAAUCAAGGCGCUACACAAGUAUGAAAAGGAAAGUCCGGAGUCGACGAUGCGCGUAAACGGGCAUUCGGAACAGAGUGCGAGGCAAGAAAUGGAUGAGAUGCUGGAGUGCGAAACCGGGUCUCUUUUGGGCAGAGUGGCGGAUCUCGAGAGGCAAUCCUUGGCGCAGAGGGAUGAGAUAGUAUGUCUUCGCGCUACUCUCGCGGACGCGCUAAGGCGAAUCGCCCAGCUCGAAGCACGAGAGAAGCGAGAGGAUGAUAGGAACGAGAGGAGAAAUGAGAGAAUGGUGUCCUCGCCCCUAAGAAACGGCCAUGUACCUCUCAGAAGUAGUCAAAAUUCGGUGCCACAAAAGGACUUGAGGCUACGCCAGACCAGCGGUCUCAGAAAUUCCAUUUCUUCGGGAUCCUCGCAGGAUGUUCGUGACGCGACAUCGAGUCCGAGACGACCUGCCAGUUAUGUGCAUCCUUCUCAACUUCCUCAAAGGAGAUCCGUCCAUUAUCAGUCAACGGGCUCUUUGCAUUCGGAUAGUCCCAGUAGUAGUAGUGUUUCUCCAGUGCCAUCGCCAAGCCCUAGAGCUACACCACUGCCUGUAGCCAGAUCGCCCACGGCAAGAUCAAACGGACCGCCGCAAAGUAGCUUAAGAAGAGCGAAGAGAUGGUCGUCCACCGGCGAUUUUACGCACUCUCCGCAAAACCAGGGAAGCAAUUCCCAGCUCGUCGGCACCAGAUUGUCUGCGUCCACCAAGUCCCUGUUCAACCUGUUCAAGCCGCCGGCGAUGAACAACGUUAAGCACGGCACCAGAGAUAUGCAGUACAACGAGGAGGAGGGCACCGUUCGCAUGUAUUUGCGCGGCCGACCGGUCGUUCUUUACGUCCCUACGCCCAUGAUAGAGUCCUACGAUCUUCACAAAGUUAACACGCCGCCGCAGAGUAAAUUGAAGCUCGAUUGGGUCUACGGAUACCGGGGCCGAGACUGCCGUAGUAAUUUACACCUGCUGCCGACUGGCGAGAUCGUAUACUUCGUCGCGGCGGUCGUUGUUUUAUACAACAUGGAAGAGCACAGUCAGAGGCAUUAUUUAGGCCAUACGGACGAUGUUAAGUGCUUAGCGAUUCAUCCUAACAAAUUGAUCGUCGCGACGGGACAAACGUGCGGAACAGAUCGUCGAGAUGCUAUGCCACACAUUAGAAUAUGGAACUCUGUGAGCCUAACAACUCUCAACGUGAUCGGGAAUGGCGAAUUCGACGGAUCGAUUUGCUGUCUGUCAUUUUCCAAGGCUGACGGUGGUAACUACCUGUGCGCCAUCGACGAGACCUCCGAUCACAAUAUAUCGAUCUGGGACUGGCAGAAGAGCGACCGUGGCACCAAAGUGACGGAAACGAAGUGCUCCGUCGACAUGGUGGUUUGCGCCGAAUGGCAUCCGUUGGAACGAAAUCAGAUCGUCUCCUGCGGAAAAGGACACGUGUCGUUCUGGUCCUUGGACAAUGGUGGUAUGUUGUACAAACGUAUGGGCGUCUUCGAGAGUAGUAGGGAUAAGCCCAGAUACGUCACCUGCGUCGCCUUCAACCAAAACGGCGACGUUCUCACCGGCGACAGCAAUGGCAACAUUAUUAUUUGGGCUCGAGGCACUAAUACAAUCUCAAGGCUAGUGAGGCAUCUCCACGAAGGAUCAAUUUUCUCAAUAUGUGUUCUGAAGAACGGCAACAUUAUCACGGGGGGCGGAAAGGACGGCAGGAUUCAACAUUUUGACGCAUCCUUGAGUGCGACUGGAGAAGAUACUCAGAUUGAGGAUCAUUUUGGAGGAAUUCGAACGCUGUCGGAAGGAAGGGGCAGUCAAUUGUUAGUCGGCACGACGAGAAAUUGCAUUCUCGUCGGCGACGAUGAAAUGGGUUACAAUCCAGCUAUGCUAGGUCACACCGAAGAAGUUUGGGGACUUGCGGCUCAUCCAACUUUGCCGCAGUUUGCAACCGCGGGACACGACAGAUUAUUGCAGAUGUGGGACAGUCUGAGCCACACUGUGGUGUGGAGCAAAGACAUCGGGGAACAAGCACAAAGCAUCACUUUCUCGCCGGAUGGUAGUAUCAUUGUUGUCGGCUGUGUAUCCGGAAAAUGGCUUGCUAUUGAUAGUGAGACACGAGAAUUAUAUACACAUCACAGCGAUGGUUCAGAGCCUAUUCAGGUCGUCCAAUUCUCACCCGAUGGUACUCUGCUCGCACUCGGCUCCAGAGAUAAUUACAUUUAUAUCUAUCAGGUGAAUGAAGAUGCGACCAAGUAUAGCCGAGUGGGACGGUGUAUGCCAAAGCGGAUUCGAAGGCACGGAGGACACUCAAGUUUUAUAACUCAUCUGGACUGGUCCGUGGAUGGUCAGUACCUACGUAGUAAUAGUGGAGACUAUGAAUUGCUCUAUUGGAAUCCAGGUGUAUGCCGCCAAAUACCUCAAUCUUCAAUGUUAAGAAACGUUGAUUGGGCAACUCAUACCUGCGUAAUAUCGUUCGAGACAAUAGGUAUUUGGCCGGAAGGUGCUGACGGUACUGACGUGAAUAAUUGCACGCGAAGUGGCGACGGUAAGCUCCUAGCUACGGGUGACGAUUUUGGAAAAGUCAAGCUGUUUUCUCAUCCAGCAUGUCAGCCGAAGUCACUUUAUCAUUCUUAUGGCGGUCAUUCGAGUCACGUGACAAACGUGUCGUUUCUUCAAGAUGAUUCCCGAUUGGUAUCGACCGGCGGGGCUGAUACUAGCGUUCUUCAGUGGAUAGUUAAUUAAGCCAACUGUCCAGUAUAAAUAAUUUCUACAAGUGCACUUCAAAAUCCAAGAGAAGAAAAGAAUGUCGUCGUGCCGUUUAGAAUUGAAGAUACCGCAUGAUCUACUUAAUUGCGACGAUGAGCACACGUUAUGGCUUCUACAUUUUUCAAAAGAUUAAAAAUAGAAUUAUCCACUCUUCGAUUUUCCAGCAUCAGGAUACCGUCCGCUGCACGAAUUUGCUUAAUUGUGAUGAACACUCUUUUUUUUAACGAAUUCUAUCUAUUCCAAGAUGGAAUGGAUGUUUCAAGCAUCGAUUAACAAAGGAUAUCUUUGUCAUCAGGCGGAAAAUAUUCAAAAAUGCUUUUCAAACAUAUUUUAUUCAUACAAAUAUUUUUCAUAAAACAUCUCAAUGCUCCGUGUGUGUGAAUGCGUUCCCUUCUCGUAUCAAUGUAUGUGAUAGCAUCAAUGUAAUAUUUCUCAUAUCACUGUGUCUGACAUGCACAACAUUAAUGGACAAGUGCCUCUGCACGAUCAACAUGGCUAUUCUGAGAGCGAUGGGGCAAUGUAUUUUUUGUUAUUACGACAAUAUUUUUGAUAAUUUUAUUAAUUCAAAAAGAAAUGAUUAUAUGCGAUGUUUUGCUGAUUUAUUUUACGUUUAAUCUUUAUUUUAUUGCAAAUGUAUUAUUACUUUGAUAUUUUUAUAUCAAAAUUUUUUUUCUCCAUGAUAAUUCUGAAAAUUGUCAACGUAAAAUAAUUCGACUUUAUUUUUGUUGAUUUCGUAUGCAAAGCUCCUAGAAAUGAUCUUUGAAUGUCUCCAAGUAAUACGUAAAUGGAUGUAUUUCUUUUUAUGAAAGUGCGUGCGUGCAGGUAUAUCGUACAUUAAUUAACGAGCAAAGAUUUUGAAACAUAAAAGUUAUUAUAAAAAAUCAAGACAACAGAGAUACUUGAAUUUUACUUAAAAUAUAA